UUCCUUGUCUGACGUAUGUUGACUUUGUUUAACUUCUUUCCACAGAUGACGUCAGUCUUUCCGUUUGCUUUGUUGCUCUGUUUGUCCAGCGGACUGUUGACUGCAUAUGGUGAACCUUGCUGCCCUCCUGGUUGGACUCAGUUUGGCUCUCGCUGUUUCGCUUUCUACAUCCAGACAAAGACCUGGUCUGAUGCAGAGGCCUUCUGCAUCUCCGCUGGUGGGAAUCUGGCUUCCAUCCACUCAGAUAAAGAACAUGGAUUCAUCAAAGACUUCAUUUUCCAAGUGACCGGUGCACAGACAACUGCCUGGAUCGGAGGCACCGACGCAGUGAAGCCGUUGACGUGGUUCUGGUCUGAUGGAUCCAAAUUCGACUACGCAAGCUGGAAUGCGGGGGAGCCUAACAACGCUGGUGGAAAUGAGUUCUGUCUUACCAUGAACUGGGGUGGAGCAAGCUGGAACGACUGGGCUUGUACCAACAAGGCUGCUUUCGUGUGCUCCAAGAACCUGUGUGUGUAACUCUACCACACCAUCAUGAUGCCUCUACAGCUCAUCUAUAAUCUCUAUCAUUGAUUCACUUUCAGUUUGUUCAGCAGACAGAAACAGCUCUCUGCUGACAGAUGACUCACUUUCACUUGUUUAUAAUCUGAAGAGUUAGGGAACAGUUCACAUUUGGGUUUAAAAUUAGACAGAAACUGGCUCACUGAGUUGGACAAAACUAAUCAGUAAUUGGACUUUUAAUUCAUAGUAAAUAACACAAAACGAAAUACAGAAAACAUUUGAAUAGUCACACAUCUUUUACAUUUUAGCGUACGGUAAAUAUGAAGUUUCGUCAAGCAGACAUUAGCUUAGCUUAGCAUAAAGAUUGGAAACAGGGGAAACAGCUAGCCUAGCUUAGAAUAAAGACUGGAAACAGCUAGAAUGACUCUGUCCAAAGGUAAACCUACCAGACAUGAGUGGUGAUGAUCUUUUCAUC